AUGAGUAGUAAUCUGAAGAUAAGGGAUCCAAGUACUCAGCCAAGACAGAGAAUGCACACAACGGGUGCAUUUUUCGCAGGAGAUCAAAAUGGGAGCAAUAUACGUUGUGUGUUUUGUGAUGCAGAACACUUUUCCGCCUUGUGUGAGAAGAUUAAAGAUCCACAAGCCCGAAAGAAUAUUUUGAAGAGACAAGGACGUUGCUUUUUAUGUUUGAGAAAGGGUCAUCGAAUAAACCAAUGCACCUCCAAUAGACGAUGCCGCAAAUGCCCAGGAAAGCAUCAUCAGUCAAUCUGUGAAUUUAAUUCGAGUCGACCACCACAGGACCCAUCGUGUCAACCACCAGAAAACAAACCUGGGCAAGCUUCCACGACUGGAGCUGUUGUCAAUGAAUCGUCAAAUGGUACAACCACUACAUCUGUGACAAGAAGUCAAACGAGAGUAUUGUUACAGACAGCAAGGACAUAUGCAUGUUCCAAUGAAGGUUCAGAAGUCUUACCUGUCAGAGUGCUCAUUGAUACUGGAAGUCAAAGAUCGUACGUCACAACUGGUCUACAGCAAAAGCUUG